AAAGUCACUUUCUUGCUUUUACAGUCCGGCUGAGAGUCUAGACAAGGGAAAGGAGGCCUAACACCUAAAAAGAAUUUAAUGGGCAUCUCUGAGGACUUGAAACAAAACAAAACCGACACCCCGGGCAGCCUUACUCUUCCCUCUGCCAUAGGUCUUACAAAUUGAUGGUUCACAACAAUAACGUUUGUCACCUUUUAAGCUAAAAUUCUGCCCCAACACCAAGUUCCCCCAGUAUUUUGAUCAAUAUACCAGUGCAUAGGGAAUGAGUGGCCCAGCGCGUGUGUUUAGAUGAAAACAGAAAUGGGUCCUUGGAAACACGCAGUUCUGUCAAAGCACAUCGCCCACACAACCGGCGCCAGCUCUCCUGAGUACGCCAGCCUGGUGGUGAGCUUGGAGAGCUGGCAGUGGGCUAGGUUUGCUGUAAGGAAUCCGAGAUGUUGCUGCUUUUCGCCUCAUCCCCAAGCAGGGUUUCGACAGGGGGCCAGCGUGGGGUUCAGGUUCCAGGUGUGCCUCGUGUAUGCAGGGAGCAUGGUACUGACAGGGCAGUGAUGGUACUUAACGUGCCCGCGCUGCACCCAGUGGAGCGGAGUUUAGCGUCUUAGUUACCAUGGGAGCACAGUGUCGCGACGCUGCACACCUGGCGUCCAGCCUCAGUUUCUCCGUCAGGGGAGCGUUCGCCCCUCCCCUGGGCGGCCUCUGGAACAGGUUCUCGGCCUCAAGGUCGGCCUUCCCAGCUUCCGCCACGUCCGCCUUUUCCACCGGAAGCCCCCGGCAGAGCCGCGGGAAGGAGGCGGCGAUGGCGCAGAGAUGGAGUAACUCAGACCCACUAUGAGGAAAUGACUUUUUCCCAAAGUCACACACACACUCUAUAAGGCAGAGCACCUAGCAUUUGAGUGUUUGUACCUGCCUCCAGAACCCAAGGCACUCCCCCCAGGAAGGUGAGCCGCCCCAGAGUCCCAAGCUGCUCAGAGGUCCCAGGGAGCUCAGAUGCGUGACCAGCUGUGGCCCUCUCUGCCAAGGUGCCCUGGAGGAGGUAGGGGGAGCCAGCGCACCCUGUGGUUCUCCGACAAGGGAACUCCACUGGGUUCCUGAAAGUGUGUGACAUGGUUCUUUUUCUCUGACUCGCACUCUUGCUCUUUCUCACUCUGCUAACUGACUGGACACUCCUAAAGACUUCAGUCACCAUCCUGGGGACUUUUUUCACCACAGAGGGUAAUUCCUGCCCCAUCCCUGGUGUGACUCAGCUGUGACGUUGAACCACACAAGCCAGAGAGAAGAAAAAAUCAUCAGAGACUCCUGCUCACCAGAAAGGGUGGCCCAGGCCAGAACUCGCCUCUCUUCUCGUCACAGACCCCACGGUCGUUUCUUCUGCCCUGGAGGAGCUCAGACGGGCCCUCUGUCCAGGCAGGGACUCCGGAAUGGCCUCCAGCUCAGCUAGCAGCCCCCGGCCAGCCCCUGAUGAGAAUGAGUUUCCCUUCGGGUGCCCCGCCACCACCUGCCAGGAUCCGUCGGAGCCCAAGGCCCUCUGCUGCUCAGCCUGCCUCUCUGAGAACCCAAGGAAUGGUGAGGAUCGGAUCUGCCCCAAAUGCAGAGGGAACGACCUUCAAUCCGGAAGCCCAGGAAGUCUUAUGACUCAGGAGAAGGGUCACCCCGAGGGAGCCGAGGAUGGUGUUAGAUGCCCCUUCGCAGGUGUCGGCUGCUCCUUCAAGGGAAGCCUGCAGUCCAUGAAGGAGCAUGAGGUCACGUCCCAGGCCUCCCACCUAAACCUGCUGUUGGGGUUGAUGAAGCAGUGGAAGGCCCAGCUGGGUUCUGGCGCAGGGUCUGGACCCAUGGCCCUGGAGCGGAACCUGUCUGACCUGCAGCUACAGGCGGCUGUGGAGGUAGCGGGGGACCUGGAGGUGGACUGCUAUCGGGCCCCUUGCUCCGAGAGCCAGGAGGAGCUGGUCCUACAGCACUUCAUGAAGGAGAAGCUGCUGGCGGAGCUGGAGGAGAAGCUCCGUGUGUUUGAGAACAUUGUUGCCGUCCUCAACAAGGAGGUGGAGGCCUCCCACCUGGCCCUGGCUGCCUCCAUCCACCAGAGCCAGCUGGACUGCGAGCGCAUCCUGAGCUUGGAGCAGAGGGUGACAGAGCUGCAAGAGACCCUGGCCCAGAAAGACGAGGCUCUGGGCAAGCUGGAGCAGAGCUUGCGCCUCAUGGAGGAAGCCUCCUUCGAUGGCACCUUCCUAUGGAAAAUCACCAACGUCACCAAGCGGUGCCACGAGUCAGCCUGUGGCAGGACUGUCAGCCUUUUCUCUCCAGCUUUCUACACUGCCAAGUAUGGCUACAAGCUAUGCCUGCGUCUGUACCUGAAUGGGGACGGCACGGGGAAGAGGACCCACCUGUCGCUCUUCAUCGUGAUCAUGAGAGGGGAGUACGAUGCUCUGUUGCCGUGGCCCUUUAGGAACAAGGUCACCUUCAUGCUGCUGGACCAGAACAACCGUGAGCAUGCCAUUGAUGCCUUCCGGCCCGACCUGAGCUCAGCAUCCUUCCAGCGGCCCCAGAGUGAAACCAAUGUGGCGAGCGGCUGCCCCCUCUUCUUCCCCCUCAGCAGGCUGCAGUCGCCCAAGCACGCCUAUGUGAAGGAUGACACCAUGUUCCUCAAGUGCAUCGUGGAAACCAGUGCUUAGGCAGGCCGGCUUCCCAAGGCAACUCCAACUCAGACUGGGGGGCUUAGCAAGAUGACUGAGAUGUCCUGCCUUUGGCACCCAAGGUUCCAGGGCACAAGGAUGGGCCAGGGCUGGCCAUCAGCUUUGGGUGGUGAGGGCCUAGAAGGAGGGGGACAUAUUGGUUCCUCACCACCAGCCACUUAACACUGGGAGGCCCUGGGGGCCACUCUAGCUCUGAGUUUGAGGAGGACUUUGACCAAAAUGUGGAGAAAAUGGAACCAGGCCUGGAGCCCUGAAGGUGAACUGAAGCUGCCAGACCUCAUCAGAGAUGCUCCCAGGCCAGGAAGGUCUCUGAGGGCCAUAUUGGGAAACUGAGGACCACGUUGAGAAAUGUGCUUGCUCUCUCCCUGCCCAUGGUCAGAACUGGGACCAGGGGCUGUCACACCCAGACUGAGUUCCUCAUCACAGGAAGUGGACAGGAAGUCCAGAGGGCUACACUGGUGGGAAAAAAACAUCAAGUUGGGGAUUGGAUUUGAAGACCUUUAAGGUUAUUCUAGCCCAGAAAGUCAGGAACCUCGUGCCUCCUGGUUCCCCUUGCCGCUUCAGAACCAGCAGGUGGAUGCCACCGAGGCCUGGCAGCCCUGCUUCCCAGCAUGCAGGAGCUCAUACAGCCUCUGCACCCCGUGCCUCCACCCGCGAGACUCCCCAUCACCUCCUCCAGGUGAAGCCAGGUCACCGUGAGCUACCAGAGGUGGCCAGAGGAAAGGGGCGUAAACUUCCUGCUUUCGCUGCUGGGAGACCCCACCACCAGUGCUUCCAGAAUCCCUCGCCGUCUAAGUAGCCAGGCUAUUUACUUCUCUCAGAUGACUGGUCACGGCCUCUAAACCACCGAGCCUGUCCUUUCAAAUAUGUAUAAAAACCAAAGAAAUUUUUUUAAUCU